GAAAAUAAGACAAGAAGACUGCGAGACUGUACUGCUAAGUCCGUGUUUUUUGUUCCCAUUGCUGCUCCUACGUAACAUUAUUGGUGUACAUAUUUGUAACACGUAACGAAUCAAACAUCGUUACUUCCUCGCCUCGAUGCAUGUGGACGCUCGUCGUGCUAGCUUAGCGUGCUAGCUGCUGACAAAGAAGGGCGGAAGUAGCAGAGAUGAUAGCAGAAUACGAGGAGCAACUUGGUGGAACAAAAGCAAAGAAGGAGCAACAAAGUCAACAACUAGACGUUGCUUGCAAUAAGCAUGCAAAGAAGAAGCAACAAAGUCAACAACUGGACGUUGCUUGCAAUAAACAUGCAAAGAAGAAGCAACAAAGUCAACAACUGGACGUUGCUUGCAAUAAACAUGCAAAGAAGGAGCAACAAAGUCAACAACUGGACGCUGCUUGCAACAAACAUGCAAAGAAGGAGCAACAAAGUCAACAACUGGACGCUGCUUGCAACAAACAUCCACUUGGAGAAGAAGUUCUUUCCCCUGAGUGGACCGCCAGGGUGGAGCAGGAGGAGCCACAGCCCCCCCACAUUAAGGCUGAAGCGGAGGAGCACCGCAUUAGCCAGGAAGAGGAGGCCACUUUUCCUCUGACUCGUGUCAUUGUGAAGAGUGAAGACGAAGACCAAGGAGACCACAGUGGGGCGGGACCACCAGCAGAGAUCCUCCUGGCUCCGGUAUCAGAUCAUGACGACGCGACAUCGCCCGACUCUGAUGGCGAAGACUCGAAGGCGGAUAAGACUUGUCACUCUGACGACACAAACACACACUUUAAAUGCUCUCGCUGUGACAAAGCUUUCAGCAACAAGGCAAAUUUAAGACGACACACAAUGAUUCACACGGGAGAGAAACCCUUCAUGUGCUCAGUGUGCGGCCAAAGGUUCUCCCAGAAGACCACCAUGAUCACGCACACCAGAACGCACACGGGGGAGAAACCCUUUUCUUGCUCGGCGUGCGACAAGAGCUUCGGCGACUACUCGACGCUGACUAAACACCAGCGGACGCACACGGGCGACAAGCCUUUCUCCUGCUCCUUCUGCGGCAAAAGCUUCUCCCAGAAGGCCACCAUGAGAACGCACACCAGGACGCACACGGGGGAGAAGGCGCACUCCUGCUCGGUGUGCGGAGCCAGCUUCAACGUGCGCUCCACGCUGGUGCAGCACAUGAGGAGGCACACGGGCGAGAAACCCUUCUCCUGCUCGGUGUGCGGCAAAAGCUUCGGUCACCCCGCGGCCAUGGCGAGGCACGCCAGGACGCACUCUGGCAGGGAAAGCUUGAGUUGCGGCGUCUGUGAGGAAAGAUUCUUUUAUAAGUAUCAGGUCAGCGACCACAAGUGUGCUGGCCAGAGCAGCAGCAAAUAAACAAAUCUGUCAGGACUUUGGACUUUCUUGCAAGAGCUGAUAAACUGGACGUGUGUGUGUGUGUGUGUGUGUGUGUGUCAGGUUCAAACACUGAUGACAUCUAUUAAACAAGACAAGAGGCAAAGAAUCAAACGGAGGCAGAAUUCAAUUUGGACUCAAUAUUGAGGAGAAAACCUCUUAUAGUGUCACCCACACUCUGCCAAAAGAUUGCACUCCUCCUCCUUUAUUUGACUUUCUCCCCCCACCACACAGCUGCUUUCAGAGGGAAGUGGGUCGUAAACAGCGCUGCCUUUGGUUACCGAAAAGUUCAAAAGAAGAGGUCGUAAAAUAGUUCAAAAAGUGUUCGUGAAAUACUUCAAAAAGAGUUUGUCUGGAAAUUGGGCAGAUCCUGCCAUCUGUCCGCUUUGAAGUCACAGCGGAGUUUUACGAGCCUUCCUCCUGGUAGGCCCCAAAGACAGCACCCGUCCCCCUGCCAGGAACUCAAUGUGAUACAAAAGCUUUUGUGAUAAUUUAGAAACAAUUAUUCUAACAGUGUGUGUGUGUUCUUGUGUUUCUACCCUUCUUGAGACACCAAGAAGGAAAAGUAGCUUCCAUAUGAGGAGGUGUGAACAAGUCAGGACAUAAAUCACGGUCCCAAUACGGAAAAAAACAUUGCAUCUAAUAGAGAGCCAAAUGCUAGAGUCCGUGAACAUUGCUCCAAAGUCAGGAUUUUUGUUGUUGAUUUAAUGUGCAUACAAAAGUAAACAUUGACAGGUGCAAAGGCAGCAGUAUAUGAUAAAACAAGACGGCAGCUAAAGAAGGAUUUCCCUAUUCACCCCCGAAAAAACACGGCUAGGUGAGCAGCUGAUUUUACGACUUCCGGUUCUGACGUAAGACAACCCUCGUCGCAUAUGUGUAAGAAAUUGAAAUGUGCUCCCUUUGGCCAAAGUUAAUUAAAACAAAAAAUAAAUAAAUAUGUAUAUACAGACAUACUGUAAUAACGAAGUAAAUAAU